CCGCCUGGGGCCGGGCUGUCAUGGCCGCCAUGCCGUUCGGGGCCGCGGGCGCCUCCGAGGAGCCGGCGCAGCUGUCCGGCGCAGCUUUGCCCGCGGGCAGCCUGGGCGCGGCCGAUGCCUUCCCCAAAGACUUCGGCUACGGCGCCGACGAGGACGAGGCGGGGGAGGACGACGGGGCUGAGCUGGCGGGCGGCGGCGGCGGCGGGCUGGGCCUGGCGGGGCCCGGAGGCGGGCUGGGGGCCGGCGGGGGCGACUCCUCCAAGCAGCCCCGCAUCCUGCUGAUGGGGCUUCGGCGCAGCGGGAAGUCCUCGAUCCAGAAGGUGGUCUUCCACAAAAUGUCCCCCAACGAGACGCUCUUCCUGGAGAGCACCAACAAAAUCUACAAGGACGACGUCUCCAGCAGCUCCUUCGUCAACUUCCAGAUCUGGGACUUCCCUGGCCAGAUGGACUUCUUCGACCCCACCUUCGACUACGAGAUGAUCUUCCGAGGCACCGGAGCGCUCAUCUACGUCAUCGACGCGCAGGAUGACUACAUGGAAGCAUUAACCAGGCUCCAUAUUACCGUUUCCAAAGCCUACAAAAUCAACCCAGAAAUGAACUUUGAAGUUUUUAUUCAUAAAGUGGACGGCUUAUCGGACGACCAUAAAAUUGAAACUCAAAGGGACAUCCAUCAAAGGGCCAAUGAUGAUCUUGCCGAUGCCGGCUUAGAAAAACUACAUCUUAGCUUUUAUUUGACCAGCAUCUAUGAUCACUCAAUAUUUGAGGCCUUCAGUAAGGUGGUGCAGAAGCUCAUUCCACAGCUGCCCACUUUGGAAAACUUGCUGAAUAUCUUUAUAUCAAACUCGGGGAUAGAAAAAGCUUUUCUUUUUGAUGUUGUCAGCAAGAUCUAUAUUGCAACAGACAGUUCCCCUGUUGACAUGCAGUCCUACGAGUUAUGUUGCGACAUGAUUGACGUUGUCAUUGAUGUUUCUUGCAUAUAUGGGUUAAAAGAAGAUGGCAGCGGUAGUGCAUAUGACGAGGAAUCUAUGGCAAUUAUUAAGCUCAAUAACACAACUGUUUUAUAUUUAAAAGAAGUGACAAAAUUUCUAGCCUUGGUGUGUAUCCUCAGAGAAGAAAGCUUUGAACGCAAAGGCCUCAUAGACUACAAUUUCCACUGCUUCCGGAAGGCCAUCCACGAGGUCUUUGAAGUGGGCCUUUCCUCUCACCGCCCCUGCGGCCAUCAAGCCAACAUUCCCAAUUUGAAAGCAGUGACUCAUAACGGCACCCCGAAGGAGGACUGAGUCGGGACGGCCUGGGGCUUGCUUGCCUACCCUGGGUGUGGAUCAGGGCAGGAGCAGCAGCACGGAGGACGGGCGGCACAACGUCAUCCGUCUCGUUUGAAGCAAGCGGAGUCUGCCUUGGGGACUUGCUGUCAUAGCUCAGACGGACACCCAGGAGUGACCGUAUGAGGGGAAGCCACGGUGCAGAAUGGUGCCUUUCGUCAUACUUAGGCAGGCGGCCUCUCCUCUCCUCCAAGGGGGAACUUCCUUGUUUGUUUCAGGAUGUGCUCCAGAGGCUCUGAAAUUCAAACAUGGCUCCUAAUUUAUUUGCUCAACACAUUCCACCUGAGUUAUCGCAUACUUUUGUGGCAAUGCCUGAAAAAAGUAAUCUAUCCUGUGACCUCUCCUCUGCAAACCCAUGCAAUGAAAGCGCUUAUCUGCUUUUCUAGCUCUAACUGUCCGCAGAACUCUUUGAAAUGUCAUGUCUGGAAUUGUCAAGCUUUUGGUCACUCGAUAUCGGUUCCCGCAUUCAUUCUUGCACUGUUUUUUCUUUUACACUAUUUUUCUGAAGCCUCUUUGGGCUGCGCUGGCUCCCUCUGCUAGGAAAUGGGGAUGAGCGCCGUCCCUUAGAGGGGGGCACGACUGAUCAGGAGAAACCUUUACACUCACAAAUAAUUCCAUUUCACCCUGCCAUGGCUAAAAUGGCUAGAAUUCAUUUGGUUUCAUUCCAUAUUUCAUUCUUGAGGCCGCCUGAUCACAUAAGAGGGCCAUUUUAUUUUUUUAAAAAAUAUGUGCGGCUUUGAGAAUGGAGCAAUUAUAGGUUUGGGUUAUAAAUUGCAAACAAUUCUGCUCAUUUGUAACAACAUGUGAAACAUCCUUCAGUAAGAAUACUUUCCAUCUGAUGAAAUGUUUUCUGUGAAUCUUCCUGUAGAUCAUUCGUGUUUGGGCAGGUAAAUGCCAUUCUCUUAAUGAUGACAGCACUUCCAGAGCCUCCGACUUUGUUCUUUACUCAAAAUGUCAAUGUGAGUUUGUUGAAGGUUUAACAAAUGCUUGAACACUCUUCACAGGUGAUUGCAUUCUGCCAGAAGGUCAGGUCUGGAGUGGAUAUGUUCCCAGACUACGUUAAUAAAAGAUCUUUAUCUCGACAA